AAUUGAAUAUUAAUUGUUUUGUUAAUUUGUACUUUUAAUUAAUUUAUUGGUUGGUUUGAUUUGCUCUUUGAAUUGGAAAAGUUUGUCCAACUCUAAUUGUUCAAAUAUUUUUGGAAAAGAAAAGAAAAUAUUUAAUCACAUGAUCACUUUGUUUAUUUUUUUUUCUUUUGUUAACAUUUUUGUUCAUUUGCGAGAAGAAAAAGUAAUUACCAUGUUUUCUAUUUAAUUGUGAGUUAAUUUUAUUCUUUUUUUCAUUAUAGAUAAGUGUAUCUUUGUGGGAUUGUGGUGACUAACUGUGAUCUUUUUAAAUAUAAUCUUUAAAUUAGUGUUGAAUGAGUUUCAACUCUUGGUUUUGUUUUCUUUGUUCAUUUCUCAUUUUGUGAGUCAAGAAUUUUUCUCUGUCCAUGAAGCUUUGGUCCUGGUUAACAUCUUCAUGGUUUCCAUCAAUGUUCCCCUUAGCUAAUCAACAAAGUUUACCUAAUAAACGAGAUUCAUCUGAAUCUAGUGAUAGUGACGAUGAUUAUUUCAACUUUUGGCCUCUCUGUAGUGUCCCUUUUGUUUACCAUGAAAUUGAAUGUAGAAACACUUUAAUACCUCGUCCUAGAAGUGGCCAUAGAAUCGUUGCUGAUUCAAAUGGUAAUAUCUACUGCCUUGGUGGUUAUAAUCCUGAAGGAUUAGCACGAGAGGAUAGUCCUAAUGCUUUGUUUAAAGAACUCUGGAAGUUUAAUAUAAGCACACUAAUUUGGACCAAAAUAAACAUGUCUGGUGAUCCACCACGUUUACUAUGUUCAUUUGGUGCUCUUUGUAUUGAUGACAUGCUUUUUGUCCAAGGAGGUACCGGUGUACCUUUCGGUCGGGCAGGUUCCAAUAAGCUUUAUGUUUGCCAAUUGUCAACUGGUUUUUGGAGAAAGUAUAGUCUCAAAACGGAUAAUUAUGAUGUUCCUCCCAAAUUUUAUGGUCAAGCUUUGGUUUUUGAUCCAGAUGAGAUGGCGAUCUAUUCAGUUGGUGGAACCUGUGGGCACGCUUAUCACACAGGGGUCACCAAAAUUAAUCUAAGAAACGGGAGUGCUGAGCUUAUCUAUUCAUAUAAUAAUCAUGAGAAUACUGGUAGCUAUCGACAUGAGAUUGCCUUACAUAACAAACGAAUCUACCAAUUUGGUGGAGGAACUCAAGAAAUUGAUAUUGGUUUCGAAAAGGUAUUUUAUUUUGAUCUAUCAGGUAAAUGCUGGAGGUUUGUGAAAACUUUUCCUGAUCCAACUCAUGGUUAUCCAAUUGCUCGUAAAUUUCAUGGUUUGGUUACUCUGGACAAUUUCGUUUUCAUUAUUGGAGGUGGUUAUAUUAAUCCAACCGGAAUACCCGUUGGUAUAGACGAUAUUUGGAAAUUUAAUUUGGAUACUUUUGAAUGGACCUUAAUUUGUAAAUUAUCUCGACCCAUUUAUUUCCAUUCAGCAGCAAUUUCCCCAAAUGGUUUAUUAACCGUUUUCGGUGGUGUCCAAUCAAUUCAACAAGGAAAUUCAUUUAGGACCCAAAGGACAAACUCAUUGUGCACAAUUUGGCUACAAGUGCCUAAAUUAGGUGAAAUUGCGUGGAUUGCAUUUUUAAACAAUUGUGCUGAUGUAACCAAAAUAUCACAAUCACAAUUAAUUGACAUCGGUGUACCACCUUCCUAUGUAAACCGAUUAAUCAGUUAACCAUGAUAAUGAACGAUAAAUCAACAUAAACACACACACACAACAAUCAAUGAGAGAGAAAGAGUGAGCUAAACAUAUGACUGUAAUUAACUUGGAAUCAAUUCACACUCAAAAAAAGAGUCAAUUAUGUUACCUAAUCAAUUAAUGAUCAACAACAUCAACAUAAUUCAACAUCAUUAUCAUCAACCAUCAAUCAUCAAUCAUCACACUGAUGAUUUUGUAUCACAAUUAAUUUUCCGAUCAGUUAGCAAUCUUUUUUUUUCUUCCCUUUUCUCAAUGUAUUUUCUGUUUAAUUAAUUCUACUGACCUGAUCAUCGAAAGUUAAUUAAAUGGUGAUCAAGAGCACAUCUUUUUUCUUCUCCUCUUUCUCUCUCACCUUCUCAUUAAUUGUAAUUAACGAUGAUGAUGAUGAUGAUGAUACUUUUUGUCUCCAUUAUAUUGGGACAAUAAAAAACGAUAACAAGUCCACUUGACUUAAUUUUCUUUAAUCUUAAUCACCAUAUAUAAAGAUGAUGAUUAAUUUAAAAUUAACUCGAUGAUUGAGAAAAUGAAACAAUCAUUUUAAAUUGUUGAAGAAAAAACAAACUUCAACAAAUUUACUAAUUACAAUUAAAUGGAAAACAAGUUCAUGUUCAUGUAAACAUUUAAUUCCCAGAUGAUUAAAUGAUGAAACAAUUUCCCUGA